AUGCCCGUAACACCAGCGCACUCGGCGACCGGCCCGCAUCAGCAAACCCGCAACCUCCGCCAGACGCUCUGGACGCUCGAGGCGCCCAGGGCGCUCGGUAGACAAACUGCCUCUCCAGAGAAGCAGCAGAGGGUUCCUGGCGCUCCCUGGCGCUUAGCAUUCCGCCCUGGAGCCCACUAG